UUAUUUUUUUCACGCGUUCAUUGAUGUGACGUACUCCGGUCAUUUUCAAUAGUAGUGCAACAUUUAUUCUCGGUAGAUUUACGUACCUUACGAUCGCAGCAAUAGACGAUUCAAUUUGAAUUCAAUAUUGGCGCGAAAAACAUAACUAUUAUAAAUCGUAUUUUUUGACAAUUGAUUGGUACAACAACAAAAAUCAAAACGAAUGGUUUUUAACGAUUGGUCAUUAAUAUGCAAUGAGUUAUCAAAUUGCUGGUUGUUACAAGGCUCGGUAUAACACAGUGUUAUAUCAACUGUGAUAAGUAAAACAGUUUGAUGACUUCGAUGAAACGUUAAAUGAGGAGUCAUUAACCUGAAUAUUUAAACAGCAGCUGAGGUGCAUUAAAUAUUCAUUUUUAAAACUAUCUGAGUAAGAAAUAAAUCUCAUCGAUGAGACGUAUUACAGCAAUGCAAUUUUUAUAUAGAGUCAUAGUACACGCAUUGCAAUACGUCCUAUUAAUACAUCAUAGUUCACCUUGUACCUUUAAAUUAACUUCAAGGACAAACUAGCGUCGGUCACCCAACGUAUUUGACUAUUCGUUAGCCUGUCUAUCUCCUAGUUCCCGUCCACUUCUAGUAUAUUUCGACAGUUUGAUAUUUACGCAAGUUGACGGAAUAGACGCGGAUUCUACGUGUGCAACGCUUGCACGACUAGCGAUUGAACAUGCUUUAAUCUUAUCUCUUUCGUGGGAAUUGUGUACACGAUUGGGAUUGCUGGUAACUCGUGAAUUUCAGUAAAGAAUAAUAGAAAAAGAAACGAAAUGCUUCCGCCAACAUACGUCGAGGGAUUCCAUGACUUGGAAGCGGUUAACAAGAUGGAAUACAGACCCCUUGGAAACACGGGACUGUUGGUCAGCAAGCUAUCUUUCGGUGGCGGUGCGCUUGGCUGUCAUUACGGUAAAUACAAUGAAGAAGAAGCUAUAGCGGCGGUGAGGGAGGCUUUUAGGAAAGGUGUAAACUACAUCGAUACUGCACCAUGGUACGGACAGGGUCAAUCCGAGAGAGUGAUUGGCAAGGCUCUGAAAGGGAUUCCGCGGCAAGCCUAUUACGUGGCAACCAAAGUGGGAAGAUACGAACUAGACUAUGAGAAGAUGUUCGACUUCUCUAUCGAGAAAACCAGGAAAAGUUUUCACAAAAGCCUAGAGCUACUCGGGGUGGAUUACGUCGAUGUGAUUCAAGUACACGACAUUGAGUUCGCACCGUCGCUGGACAUCGUUCUGUCGCAAACUUUACCAGAACUUUCUAGACAAGUAGCGGACGGAAAGGCGAAAUACAUCGGGAUUACCGGGUACCCGGUUUCGAUCCUGAAGGAAUGCAUCGAGAAAAGCAACAUCAAAAUACAGUGUAUACUGAGCUAUGCGCGACUAACUAUGAUCGACGAUACUCUUCUGAGUUACAUACCCUUCUUCAAGGAAUGCAACAUCGGAAUAAUCAAUGCCGCCGCCCCAGCUUUGGGUUUACUGACAAGCCAAGGUCCACCCGAUUGGCACCCAGCUUCGGAGGAUACUAAGAAAAUCUGCUCAGAGGCCGCAGAAUAUUGCAAAGGCCACAACGUCGAAUUGGGUAAACUCGCGGUCUGGUAUUCUAUGCAGUACGAGGAUGUAACCACACACUUAAUCGGCAUGCAAAGUCUAAAACUUGUGCACUCGAAUCUUGAUGUUAUGAUAAACGGUAUAACGGAAAGUGAAAAACAAGUUUUAUCUGUGAUAAAGGAUAAAUACCUUUCGAAAUUGAAAGUGAAGCAUUGGGAAGGAUUCGAAAUAGACAAUUACUGGAAGGCGAUGAAAAAGUAGAAAAAUAUAUUGCUUCAAGUAUGGGCACGUUGGUUAUCGACACAUAAAGGCUCUGUAUACAAGACUGGUAACGCGGAAUCAUUAUUGUCGGCCUUAAACUAUGUAUUUUUACAUCAAAGAAUGUACAUUGUUAUUACGUAUGAAAAUGUAAAAAUGUAACUAUGCGCCUUAGUCGCCAAUAACUGACACGGUUUCCUCACAAGAUCAAAGCGGUUGAAAACCAUGAGAAUACUGUGAUCACAAACUAGCUGUAACUAAUAGCUCAAUAUAUAUGCCCUCGUACAACUACACGAUUGUAAGAGAUUCAUUAGGGACGAAAAUAUAAUACCCACGUUAUAAA